AUGUUCUCUUUUCUACCACGAAAUAUUUGCAGUUAGAGGACAGAUCGAGGACGAAGUUCCGUUAACGCGUUUUCUCAGAGUAAUGUUAACAGAAAAAUGUGGAUUGCCAGGCAUCUUGUGUCUACAGUUGUUAAAAAUGGGCAUCAUGGCUUAUUCCACCGGUUCUUGGGCUCUCUGCCAGAACUGGAGCACAGAUACCUCCACUGCACGUGCUGCUGGAGGAGUCGAAUCUCAACGGCAGAUUUUGAUCUGUUGACUUCUACACUGUCCUCUAAGUUGUGUGAAGAUGAAGGUAAGCCUCUGGACUGUCGUUACACUACAGAACAGCGAGCUGUCAUUUUGCAACGUCUAAACACGGCCACGGAGAAUGAGCUGGCAGAGGUCAAGCUCCUGAGAGGACGAAAAUCGGUCAACAUAGUGGAAUACAGGACAAGAAAUGGACCGUUUAAAGAUCUGGAAAGCAUAAUAAAUGUACCACUAUUUAAACACAAGACAGCGAUGAUCGUUUUCAACUCCAUCCUCAAUCCACCCGAAAAAAAGGAGAGGCGGAAAACCAAAAUUCAACUUGUUAAAUUCAUCAAGCCGGAGGUUGAUCGGAAGUUACUUGAGGAGGCCAGCUGCAUUGUGUCCAUUGUAUGUGGCACGGAUAAGAUAGCGUGGGCGCAUGUAGAUCGCGGUCUCAAUGUUCUAGACUGGCAGCAGGAGAGCUGUCACAACUUCAUGAAAGGGACUUACAUGGCUUCUGCAUACUUGGAUGAUAUUUCGUCGGUGGUGUCUCGAAUGCCGAAAGCCGAUUUAUUUGUGGUGGAGAAGUGCGGGAUCACCGUGCAGAACACGUCCCUGUACCCCGUGAUGGCGCACCUCCGGACGGUGGAGGCCAUGCUCUUCGCCUUGCUGGGACAGCGGAGCGAGCCGGACGCUCCGCCCAAGGUGCUCAACAUGGUGCGCACAGCGGUGGGCCGGCACUUCGGGCUGAUGGUGGGCGAGGCGCGGACCAGUGGAGUGCAAAUGGUGCGUCAGAUGAUGACGGACUCUGUGACGCAGAAGAGCCCGCGCGUCUCAUUUCCGCAUUCCCUAGUGGUGCGCUACAGGCACGCAUUCCAGCUAGGGGUCCGGAAAAGCGGGGAUGAACUAUGCGAUGCCUUGUUGCAGGCGGUAGCUUUCUACGAGAAACUCAAUGAGUGAGACAGGACAACCCCCCCUCCCUCCCUCAUUUCCUGGGCAACAUAGCUCAGGAGGUAAGACCGAUUGUCUGGCAGUCGG